GUUGGUAUCUUGGCUUUUCGUUUUGAGAGAGAUGAGAGAGAGAGAGAGAAGAAAGUGUAUUUUCCCCAAGAGAUCAGACAUAGCCAUCUCGAUCGCUUUUCCUUUUAUGUGUGUGAGAGAGCUAGAGAGAGAGAGAGAUGGGGAUUUGGGGUUACAUUCGCUCAACAAGUGUGUCACUGAAACGGAACACACCAGAUCUGACGGCGGUUAAGGUCUGGUGCUCGAGCUCUUAUGAUUUCGGCUUGGCUGCCGGUUCGAAGAUCAACAACGUUAGGAUCAACGCCACCCAGACGCUGAGCCAGUACAUGUCGGACGAGGAAACCCGGUCCAGGAUCGGCCAGCUCGCAGCCGAUUUGGUAAAAAACGCCGCCUUUUAUGGCUGCCAGGAGGGUCUCAAGAGCGUCCCAGGUGGAACAUUGUUUUAUAAGGCUGUCUUGCGAUCAAUUCGUGGCGAAAAGAAGGUUGAUCAGGGUCAUGAACUGGAGUUCAAGGCAUUGAAAGCCGAGGUAGCCGAACUGAAGGAAAUCUUUAAGUCUGCAGGUCUUGAGAGAGCAGAGAAGCAUCAGCCUUGUGCAGAUCUGAAGUCGACCGUUUAUAAAAAACCAGAAGAUCGAUAUGUGAUAAGAGCCUUUGGCCCGUUCGAAUGAUAUAUCAGCUCUAUCAACUUACUUAGUCUUGAACUAUGAUAAUAUAUAAUUUUUCGUUGGAAUUACUAAUUAUAAUUAGACCAUAAUGCUAAAGCAACGGAUGAAUUUUAAACUUUUGUCACAUUGCAACAUACA